AUUGCAUAUUCAAGAUAAUGUAAGGAAAUCUAAUCUAACCACCUCACAUAAGCACUUGAGAAUGGUAUAUAAGGGAAAUGAGAGACGAUAUGGUCACCUUUUAGCAGCAACAUGUUGAAAAUUGUGCUGAUUGCAGCGCUCGCCGCACUUACCGUUGAAGCAAGUCCGAGGUUCCACGCCGGCUUGCGACGACUAGACGGAAAAAUUGUCGGCGGUGCAGAUGCUAUUAUUGAAGAUUAUCCCCACCAAGUUUCACUGGAAGCUUUCGACAGACACAGUUGUGGUGGAUCCAUCAUUGCUCGCAACCUGAUUUUAACCGCUGCUCACUGCACACACAACAAAGAUGCUCAAUUCCUGAAUAUUCGCUAUGGUACUAGCUUGAGAAACCAAGGCGGUACUGUUGUGGCAAUCGCCGAAAUUCACGAUCAUCCCAACUACGAUCCUGUCACCACCGACUUCGACAUCUCAGUGUUGAAAUUGAGUAGCGACAUCGAUCUUUCACACACGGCACAAAUCAUUCCAAUGAUUUCCGUGAACGCUCAAGAAGGAGGUCGUACGGCGUUAGUGACCGGCUGGGGAGCUCUCUAUACCGAUGGACCCUCGCCCAAACAGUUGCAAGUUGUUGAGCUCAAAGAAGAAGAUCGAAAAGCGUGUAAUAAGGCAUACGAAGGUGAAAUCACGGAAAGAAUGAUUUGCUUCAUGAACCCAGGUCAAGACGCCUGCCAGGGAGAUUCCGGCGGCCCGCUUAUCUCUAAUGGUGUCCAGAUCGGUGUCGUUUCGUGGGGCUACGACUGCGCUGAUCCAUUGUACCCCGGAGUUUUUGCAGAUCUCGCAAAUGUGCAGAUCAGAGAUCAUAUUGAUGGAAUUGUAGAAAUGAAAUAAGGGUAAAGACCGUACGAUUGUUCGCGUGUUAGAAAUUAGUUUCGCACAACCUAACAUGUACCUAUUCUGUAAAAUAAUUCAACACCUGUUGAGAAA